AUGCUUGGAACCAGAAGCCAGCUGGGCCUAGUUGCUACUAAGUUAACCAAACCCUACCAGAGACAAUGGAUUCAAGCCUUUUCUUUGAGCAAACGGUUUGUUUCCAAUGAAGCCAUUUUAGACAGCCAGAAUAUUGGUGAGGAAGACGACGCCACUAGGACUGGGGUAAUUCAAAAGGGCAGUCAAGAAACUCUUCUUUAUUUUGGAACGGUUAUACCUUUUAAAUCAAAUAGAUGGGAUAUCAAGCAGUAUUUAACGCGCUUUUGGGGUACCAGUGAAGUAGCCCUAAGAAAAAGGAUAACAGAUUUGUGCUCAAACACUCCAACGUCGUGCACUUUUGACAUAGAAGAUAUUAUCACCAUACCACGAGAUGGAGGAGUGUUUGUCAAAUUUGUUGUACCGGAAACUACCACAGUUGCUGAAUUUAAUAAAAAUGUAACCAAGCAUGUGGCAAAGAAUAGCAAACGAGGUAUUCUGAAUCGCAUCAUGUCUCCUACAGUUCACCCAGUCAAGGGUAUUCCUUGGAUUGAAGACUUAAGACGUUAUCCUUCCAACCAAAUAGAGGUGGAAUUUGAGGGUCCACCGCUCACUCAAGAGGAUAUGUAUCUGCUAUUCAGAAGGUAUGGCGAAUUGAUAGACAUCAAGCCUGCGACUGACGCCAACAAGAAAGCCCAAGUGUCAUUCAAGUCAACAUCUUCUGCUAUCAAUGCGAGACAUUGUAUUACGGGGCUGAAUUUAGGUGGAACAUAUCUGCACAUACAGUAUAUUCCAAUUGUUCGUCACAACGUUAUUAAAGAUUCUAUUGCCAAUCACCCUCGGAUAGCAUUCCCAAUCAUAAUCGCUAUAUUGGCUUCCCUCGCUGUUCUGAUAUUUGACCCAAUAAGGUCUUUUUUCAUCAAAGAAAAGAUCACUCAAAGGUAUUCCUUGAAUAAAUUGUGGCGCUCGUCCCUCUUCAAAUCUAUCAUUGGCUUUUUCAGUAUCACUAAAGAUUCUUUAAGAAAAUUAAUUACAACAAAUGAAUACCAUACCACUGGUUCAUUUGCCCUCAACCAAAGCGCUUGGGGUGAAAGGUUGGCUCGUGUUGAAGAACUAAAACUCCUCCUGAAAGAGAACAUCAAUAGUUUUAUCGUAGUUGUUGGUCCUAAGGGCACAGGAAAGAGAGAGAUUGUUUUUUCGCAUGUCCUUAGUGAUAGGGCAAAUGUCCUGCAUUUGGAUUGUGAUGAGCUGAUAAAGGCAAGAAGUGAAGCCAGUUUUUUGAAAGCUGUUGCUCAUCAAGUGGGCUAUUAUCCCUCAUUCCCUUGGUUCAACUCGCUUUUUACUUAUGUGGAUCUGGUAACUCAAGGUCUCACUGGUCAAAAAACCGGAUUGAAUGAAUCCAAAGAGAAACAGAUCAAGAAUAUGCUGUUUCUUACCGCCAGCACCAUCAGGGGUAUCUGCUUAGCUUGCUACUCGAAUUACUUGAAUGAGUUGUCUUGUGAAGGUGACACCCUGCCCUUAAAGGAGGAAGAUUUUCUUCAGCAAUAUCCUGACGUCAAGCCUGUGAUUGUUAUAGACAGAUUUCAGGCUUCCAAAAAAGCUAACGAAACAAAUGCUUUCAUCUAUAAAGAACUUGCAGACUGGGCUGGGAAGCUUGUCACGUUGAAUAUCGCACAUGUGAUAUAUCUUACCGACGAUGUGGGAAGUUUACAAGUUUUGUCUGACGUUUUACCUGAUAACGUGUUUAAAGUUAUUCCUAUCUCUGACGCUUCCUUUGAGUCCUCCAAGUCAUACGUUCUCAGUCAGUUCGAAGAAUCCAAAGUGACUGAAAAGUUCGUUGAAGAAGUCCAAGAGACAAUCCGGCCUCUUGGAGGAAGGAUGUCGGACCUCCAAGCUUAUAUGAGACGACUGAACAGCGGUGAAACACCCACCGGUGCUCUUGAAGAGAUGGUCGAUCAAACUGCGGAGCAAUUGAUGCAAGUAUUUUUGAAUAAAGGUCAUAAUACUUUUGGGCCAGCAGAAGUAUGGGCUCUUAUCAAAAUGUUAAAUGAUCAAGGGUCAGUAAAAUACAAAGACUUGCUUUUGAAUCCACUGUUCAAGUCAAAUGGGAAGCAGAUCCUCACAGAAAUGGAGAAAUCAGAGUUAGUUUGCUUGACCAAAACGACAGGUUUAAUAACAGAAAUUAGGGCUGGUAAGCCGUUGUAUGAAGAAGUCUUUAAGCAUUUGGUCGCCAACAAGGACUCGUUUAGAGAACUGGAAAGUAAUUAUUUGAAGUCUCUGAUCACCUUAGAAACAGGUAAGAUUUCCAAGUGGGAAGACGAGCUUUCCAAGUUUCCAGAGAACAGCUCCUACUUCAAGACCAGAUUCAAGUAUCUGGAUGAAAAGAUCACUACGAGCAAUAAUUUGAUUAUUGAUUACGAAAAGAAGAUUAAAGAUUUGACAACGUAG